ACCCUUUUUAGGGUUUCUAGUGUCAAAAUAAAAAAGUUAUUCAAAAUUCAGAUUCAUAUUCUUUCAAUUUGAUGAAGUUUAUUUUUUGGUUAUGUUUACGUUGAGUUUCAAUUUUUUCAUAAAAUUAUGGAUGCAACGAAAAAAUGUGAACGAAAGAGGAAACGAUUCACUGCACGCCUUAAAAGUUCUAAGGGAAUAUUAUGUAUAGACCAUCCGGGACCUAACAUAGUAUUGUGUAAUGUGGGUCAAGCAACAGGUUUUGAGAAAUUAGAUGUUCUGAAAUUGUUAGAAGCUGUGCAGUUAAAUGGGGACCAUUUGAAUUUUAUAGCUGAGAAGGGUGAAUCUCACUCGUACAUCGUAUUUAAUAACACUGAAAGUGCUAAAACUUUUUAUGACACAUACAAUGGUAAAGCACAUACAAGCGUACCUAUUUAUAUGAGCUAUGUUGACAAUGUUCCAAACAAUGAAGUUUUAUGCACAUCAGACAUUCCAAAUGGUUUAAAAAUCUUUGAAAACAUCAUAACGGCUGAAGAAGAGAAAUCAUACAUAAAAUUAUUUGACUGGAGUCUGGAGUUGGACGAGUCUAACUUAAAGAACCGUCAAGUGAAACAUUAUGGUUAUGAAUUCAGAUAUGGUAGUAAUGAUGUGGAUUUGCAUUCUCCGUUAUCUGAAAAAAUUCCACAACAAUGUGAUGCAUUGUGGGAAAAGCUUAGGAGUCAUUGUAUUGAUUUUAGGAUACCUGAUCAGUUGACUGUGAACAAAUACAGCCCUGGACAAGGUAUUCCGUCUCAUGUGGACAGGCAUAGUCCAUUUGGCGAUACUAUCCUAUCUCUCUCCCUCGGCUCUUCAGUGGUGAUGGAUUGGAGGCAUCACAGUGGUAAAUACGUACCACUCGAAGUACCAGCCAGGUCACUGCUUGUAAUGCAGGGGGAAGCAAGAUACGACUGGCAGCAUGGCAUCCAACCUAGGACAUGGGAUCCCGUUAUCGAAAUUCGAAAAGAUGGAGGCAAUGAAAUACGUGUAAUAACAAAUGACGUGUCGCAGAGACAAAUUCGGAUAUCACUAACGUUUCGCUCAACGAGGCAGGGCCUGUGUCAAUGUGGAUAUAAAACACUUUGCGACAGCGGAGUGAAGCCUGAGGCCAUCGAAGAUGAAACUGCUUCUCGAUUAGAAGAACUACAUGUGCAUCAGGUGUACGAACAAAUUGCGGGUCACUUCAGUUCCACGCGCCACAAGCCUUGGCCGAAAGUUGUGGAGUUCCUACAGUCAACGCCGCCCGGGUCCAUCGUGCUGGACCUGGGCGCUGGGAACGGGAAGAAUGUGCUGAAACGCGACGAUAUAUUCCAGAUAGCGGGUGAAAGAAGCGAGGGUCUGCUCCGGGAGUGCAAGUCGUACACUUCUGACGUGCCGCGCGCAGAUUGCAUGCGUCUUGAUCUACUUCGCACGCCUCUGCGAAGCGAAUGCGCGGACCGGGUUAUUUGUAUAGCCGUCAUACAUCACUUUAGUAGCCAGGCUAGAAGACUAGACGCGGUAUCCACAAUAGCCCGCCUCUUGCGUCCCGGCGGACGAGCGCUGAUCACAGUAUGGGCAAAGGACCAAACCAAAUCCAACUACCUCUGCAAAGACAAGGAGAACAGCGCGUCGAGCCUUCAUCACACGGUCGACGGCAUCAAUUUACCGAUACAUGAAAACCGAACGCAAUUUAAACAUAACGACUUGUUAGUACCGUGGAAAUUGAGAAAAAUUAAGGAGAAUAAAUUGGAAAAUCAAUCAAAUACGACAUUACUGAGGUAUUACCACGUGUUCGAGGAAGGUGAGCUGGAUCGGUUGUGCGGGGUUCCCGAUUUGGUGGUGGAAAGAAGUUUCUAUGAAGAGGGAAAUUGGUGUGUCAUUUGUAGAAAAGUUUGUUUAUCCUACUAAUCACUACUAAUAUUAUAAAUGUGAAUGUAGGUUUGUUUGUUACGCUUUCACAAGAAAACUACG